AUGGGCAGAAAUGUGUCUACACUCAUAGGUAAACCUAUUCCUCAUAUCCCUGAAAAAUGUAAGGAUCCUGGUACAUUCACUAUACCUUGUAUCAUAGGUGACAAAAAAUUUGAUAAUGCAUUGCUAGACUUACGAGCAUCCAUAAAUGUCAUGCCUAUGUCUAUUUUUAAUUCUUUGUCCCUUGGGCCCUUAAAACCCACAAGUGUGGUAAUUCAAUUGGCAAAUAGAAGUACUGCUCACCCUGCUGGUGUUAUUGAGGAUGUCUUGGUCCGGGUUGAUAAACUAAUUUUUCCUGCAUAUUUUUAUGUACUUCAUAUGGAAGAAGGGUACUCCCAUGGUGUAGUACCCAUUAUUUUGGGCAUGCCAUUUUUAAACACAGCUCGGACCAAGAUAGAUGUCCAUACGGGUACACUCUCAAUGGAAUUUGAUGAUAGUGUGGUCAGGUUCAACAUUCAUGAUGCAAUGAGGCAUACAUCUGAAGAGCAUUCAGUUUUUCAUGUUGAUUUAUUUGAUGAAUUAAUUAAUGAAUAUGUGCUUCAAUUCUUUCAAAAUGUUGAUUCCUCACCCCUUGCAUGUGUUGAUUCUAAGUUGUGUAGUUCCCAUAUUGAUGUUGAUAUUGAUGUUGGUAUGAAUAUAAAUGAAUCUGACUCAGUUGUUGAGAUGCAACAUGCAGCUUCACUAUCCAUUACUCUUGUUCCUUCCAUUGUGCAGCCACCUAUCUUGGAGUUGAAACCUUUACCUGAAAACCUCAAAUAUGCAUAUUUGGAGGAUAAUAACAAGCUCCCUGUCAUUGUGUCCACAUCCCUAAAUGCUUAUUAA